CAUUCUGCAGGCUUUUUUGAAAACGUCCUUUGUGUCGCAUUUUCACAUUCUGCAGGUUUUUUCGGGAGUACGGCUUCACAUGUCACUUCUUCCUCCAAAACCCAAGCCGAAUGGACAGGACCAGGGGGUUAGCAGUCCCACAAACAUUGGUUUGCAGUAUUAUCAACCAGCACAGCGUACAAGAGUCCGGGAAGCAAAUGAACACUAUUUA